ACUUGCAAUUAAACAUAACUUUCAGGUCUAUAUAGAUAUAUUACUUCUAAGAUAUGCUUACUGCCAAGAAACUCUAAGCCACUUUUAUGAUGUUUCCUUGCCAAACGUUAAUGGGUGUAAAAGUAUCCACAUUACUUUUAUUUUGUAUUGUUGCUGGCAUGGGUUAUUUUAUAUUUGGAAAGCUAAUGAAUGUUUUAUCCCCAACAUUGAGUGCUAAAGAAGUUAACGAUGUUAAUUUACCUGAUUUAAAUCCACCUGAUCCCACCAAAGCAAACUCGAUAUAUGAUUUUACAGUGGUGGAUAUAAAUGGAAAGAAAGUUAGUCUGUCGGAAUUCAAAGGCUUGGUUACUUACAUUGUGAAUGUGGCAUCUAAGUGAGGUUUAACAGAGAAGAACUAUGCUCAAAUGUCUGAUCUGCACAAUCGAUAUUAUGAGAAAGGUCUUCGAAUUUUUGCAUUUCCAUGCAAUCAGUUUGCUGGCCAAGAGCCUGGCACGAACCAAGAGAUCAAAGAGUUUGCGCUACAAAGAGGAGCAUACUUUAAUUUGUUUUGUAAAAUUGAUGUUAACGGUGCCAAUGCUCACCCGUUGUAUAAAUAUCUCAAAAGAAAACAAGGAGGCACUUUUGGUGAUAGCAUAAAAUGGAACUUUUCGAAAUUUUUAUGUGACCGCCAAGGGAUUCCAGUAAAGCGAUAUGGCCCUAAUCAAGAACCAUUAUUGGCUGAAGAAGACAUAAAGGCAUUGUUAUCUCAAAAUUUGGACUAAAAGCUUUUAGAUGGUGUUUAAACAUUCAAAAUCAUUUAAAUUGAAUUGUUGUGCAGGCCUUUGUUGUGCUUUCUGGUUUUUGAUUAAAUUAUUACAAUCCACUUUUUUAUAGACUAUUCUGCAAAUGUUUUUAAAGGUUACCUCCUGCGAAAAAGUCAAGCUGAGCAAAGAAAGAUCCUUGUAGAAAUCUUUUUAUUUUUUAGAAAAAUCUUUAUCCGUUCUGAUUAUAUUCAUCUUAAAAGCUGCGCUAAUUAUGCCAAGUUAAGAUGUCAUGAGUUAGCAUUGAGCAUAAUUACGGUAAAUAAAUAUUGAAAUUUAUGUAAAAUGUUAAAACGUGUCAAAGUGAACAGCCAGAAAACUUUCCUAACUCUAUAUGACUUGUCAAAAAUGUUGAAUAUAACACUCCCACAGAGCAUACUUUGACAUCAUGCAAAUUAGUGAAUCUUUUUAGUCCAAACUCUAAAGAACCAAUCAAGAAUUUUAAAACAAAUAUUUAAAUUUCAAGACAACCUUUUAAGGUAUUUCAUGUGCAGUUAACUUUGUUUUUUCGCGGGAGGUAACCUUUAAAUAAGAUAAUUUAUGCCAUAUAUAUAUAUAAAUAGGAAACAAAAUUUUGUCUGAUGUCAGCUGUCAAACUUUUUUCAGCAUGCCACAUUAGAUCUUCUUGUGAUUUUCACACAAGUAAUUGAACUCAACAUAUGAAAAGCUUUUCAUAAAUACAAACCAAAGUUUUUUUUAGUGUAAUCUUGUCUGUUUUUCUUGUUUUCAAUUUCAUUUUGUAACUUGUUGGAGAUAUUAAAAAGUGAAAGUAUGAGUAAAUAGAAGACAAAAUUAAGUUUUUUAUAAUGCAUUUAUGAUGACAGAUUAUGUGCUUCCAAUAGGAAAAUAAUCAUGUUUGAUAUAUAUUGACUUGUGUGCAGUCAUGUGAAUCCGUAGCAUUGUAAGAAAAAGAAUUUGUUUUAUUUUUUUUCA